UUGAUGAGAUUAGGAGGUGUAUAGGUAAGGUAAAGAGCCACGUGUCAAAACGUGAACCCAGACACCAUCGUCCACAUGGUACCUGAAAUAGUUAACGGAAGCGGGAAAAUUCCAUGAGAUAUUCCCCCUGAAAUACUCACCCAAGCUUAUCAUCUCCCAAGUGUUCGUCGAGCUCACAUAUACAGCUCAAUUGCGCACAUUCAAAUAUCAACCAAAAACAAACAAAAUUUUGAAAUGAAUUGAAAUCCUUAAAUUGUGUCGAAUUCCGCUAAUUCGUACCGGUAACAAUGGCAAUUGGCGGUGUUAUCUCUCAUCGAAGCUUUGGUUCUUUUCUUUCAACUGGUAAAGUAUGUCAGAAAAGAAAUGAUGUAGCACAUCUCAAGAAAGAGGAUUUUGGUCUCUCCAUUGGGCUCUGUGGACAGGGGAAACUGCUGAACAGAACAUCUCACCGUGUGACUAAAAAUUGUCUUACUUCUAAAUGUUCGUAUUGCUCACUUGUAUGCAUUAUAAAUGCCUCAGACACCAGAAAUUCCAAGCAUCCACGUGAACGUUUCUGUACAAGUUCUGUCAACAGGGUUAGAGGAGCAUCUAGAUUCCCCGUCUCUCCUAAAUCCUGUUGUAGAAGCGGAACAUUGGUGCCAUCAGGACCGCUAAAUAAGUUUCUUGUGGAUAACAGUAAGCAGCCAACAUCCAAUCAUGUCAGGGGUAAUGGAGUCCGUGCUUAUUACAAGUCUGAGGAAUUUGACAUAACUGAACCGGCCUUUGAAUCACUGGGGCCACCUGAGGGAGCAGGUGAAGUUGUGUUACCUGACCAAAGUGCACCUAAGGCAGCUCAAGUACCAAAGCGCUGGGUUAUUGUGUUACUUUGUUUUGCAGCAUUUCUGUUAUGCAACAUGGAUCGUGUUAAUAUGAGUAUUGCAAUUCUUCCGAUGUCCAAGGAGUUCAACUGGAAUAGCACAACUGUUGGUUUGAUUCAGUCGUCCUUCUUUUGGGGAUAUCUUCUUACGCAGAUUGCUGGAGGUAUAUGGGCAGAUAAGGUUGGUGGGAAGCUUGUCUUGGGUUUUGGAGUGAUUUGGUGGUCGAUCGCCACAAUUUUGACUCCUAUUGCUGCAAGAAUAAACCUGCCUUGCUUACUCAUCACGCGUGCAUUUAUGGGGAUUGGCGAGGGUGUUGCUAUGCCUGCUAUGAAUAAUAUGAUCUCAAAGUGGAUUCCUGUGUCUGAGCGAAGCCGAGCGCUAUCCUUGGUAUACAGUGGCAUGUAUCUAGGAUCUGUGACAGGAUUGGCAUUUUCACCAUUUUUGAUCCACAAGUUUGGCUGGCCUUCAGUGUUCUAUUCCUUUGGCUCUCUUGGAAGCAUCUGGUUUGCAUUGUGGCUUGCUAAAGCACGUAGCACACCAUCAGAAGAUCCAGAACUCAGUCCCCAGGAGAAAAGGUUUAUCAUGGAAGGCAGCGUAUCCAAGGAGCCUGUUACUGUCAUUCCCUGGAAACUGAUUUUAUCAAAACCUCCAGUCUGGGCCCUCAUAGUCUCCCACUUUUGCCACAAUUGGGGUACAUUUAUUCUUCUGACAUGGAUGCCAACGUAUUAUAAUCAGGUGUUGAAGUUCAACCUUAUGGAAUCUGGGCUGUUCUGUGUGCUUCCAUGGUUGACUAUGGCUGUGUUUGCAAAUAUAGGAGGCUGGAUUGCUGAUACACUCAUCACCAGAGGCCUCUCUGUUACUUCAGUUCGUAAGAUCAUGCAAACAGUUGGAUUUAUUGGCCCAGCUAUCUCUCUUUCAGUACUAAGUCAAGUUAGAACCCCUGCUUUAGCAGUACUCUGCAUGGCAUGCAGUCAGGGAACAGACGCAUUCUCGCAAUCUGGAUUGUAUUCCAACCACCAAGACAUUGGGCCUCGAUAUUCUGGCGUAUUGCUGGGAUUGUCCAACACAGCAGGUGUUCUUGCUGGAGUCCUAGGUACAGCUGCCACUGGAUACAUUCUUCAACGAGGCUCCUGGGAUGACGUGUUUAAAGUGUCAAUAGCAUUAUACAUUGUUGGCACUAUAGUAUGGAACUUAUUUGCAACUGGAGAAAAAAUUCUGGACUGAAAGGGCGGUAAAAGGAUAUAAGAAGGAUAUGCCUUUGCUGAACCUACAAUCAUCCACCAUAACUGUAUCUCUUCAAGUAAGUGAUGAAAUGGUCGAUCAUUCAACGAUAUUGUGAUAGCAGGAAGGAAGCCAGCAUUGAUUUGGCGACAUUAGGUACCCUUUGACCCCUUCUUAAGACUGGAACAAGAGUUAGCAUGGAUUACCAUGAUCUCUGUUUGUUAUAUUUACAACCUUUGUGGUCUCAGAAAUGUUUUUGAGGAAGAUGAUGCCUCAUGGAACUUUGAUAAAUAUGAAUUUAUUGAAGUCCUUUUUUCUGUACUGGCAUAAGGUCCCUAAGUUAGGUAAGAAUGAGAUAAAUGUUAGAAGAACAACAUGUAAUUUCUUAGAGAAACAACCUGGUAUAAACGUUUACAUCAAAAUGCAAUUUUUUUCUUCUUCUU